AGCACUCUGUGGUUCCCUCACUUUUAGGGAACCCCUUCUUUGGUCUGCUCUUUAUCAGGGAUGGACAGGCAGGGCGUUGCUUGUUUGUGUAUACAGAUGAGUAGAAGGGAGUCUGCGAGAUCUCCCGGAUGGGUCGGGGGUGCUCCCAGCUCAGAGACUCCAGCUCUGCCCCUGAGGGAUAAGGAAGGGUCUUGGAUUCUGCAGUGGCUUGCCAGGCAGGCACUUAUGCUGCUGAGCUAAACCCCCAGCCCUUGGUGAGAUGCAGAUGACAAAUUCCUCGAGCUCCUGGACGUCCAGCUGUCUCCUCUCUCUGAUCUUCCUCCAGCUGUCUGUGCAUCUGUCAGGGGAUGUCGGCAAGUCCCAUCUGGUCUCGCUGUGGGGCACAGCCAAGCUGCUGUGCCCGCUGUCCCUCUGGCCAAUAACCGUGCCGGAGGAGGUAAGGUGGCUGCGGCCCUCUCACCAGCAUGGCUCCCGGGUUGUGCAUCUGUUCCUGGGUGGGAAGGACAGACAUGACGAUGUGGCACCAGAAUAUAAGGGCAGGACAGCGCUUGUGACAGACACCCAAGAAGGCAAGGUCUUUCUGUGGAUCCACAAUGUGAGCCUUGAGGACCAAGGACCUUACCGAUGUCAGAUCCAGGUCGGAAACCUGACGCGAGAAGGCACCGUGACCCUGCAGGUUGCAGUCCCCUCUUCAGAAAGACUCUCCUCCUCAGCAGUGGCUCUGGUUGUGGUCCUACUUGUGCUGGGGCUGCUCAUCGUAGCAGGCAUUUAUGUCAUCUGGAAGCAAAGACGAUCUAAAGAAAAGCUUCUCUAUGAACAGGCGUUGCAGGUAGAAAAUCUUCUCGAAGAUCAUGCAAAAGAAAAAGGAAGACUCCAUAAAGUCAUCAGUGUGAGAUGUAGCAUUAUGUGGUCCACAGAGAAACUCCGGAGUGAACUGAAACUGAAAAGAAGUGCAGCCAACUCAGGCUGGAGAAGAGCCCAGCUGCAUUUUGAGGCAGUGACCCUGGAUCCAGAUACAGCACAUCCCAAACUCGUCCUGUCUGAGGACCGGCGCUGUGUGAGACUUGGCGACAGAAAGCAGGAUGUGCCCAGCAACCCACAGCGAUUUGAUUUUGUUGUCAGUGUGCUGGGCUCUGAGUACUUCACGGCUGGCUGUCACUACUGGGAGGUGCACGUGGGAGGCAAGACCAAAUGGAUCCUGGGGGUGUGUAGUGAGUCAGUGGUCAGGAAGGGGAAGGUCACUGCCUCGCCAGCCAAUGGACACUGGCUCCUGCGCCAGAGUCGUAGGAAUGAGUAUGAAGCUCUCACAUCCCCGCAGACCUCCUUCCGCCUGAAAGAGCCGUUAAGGUGUGUGGGGAUUUUCCUGGACUAUGAAGCUGGCAUCAUCUCCUUCUACGACGUAACUAAGAAAUCCCACAUCUUCACUUUCACUCACAGUUUUUCCGGCCCCCUCCGCCCUUUCUUUGAACCUUGUCUUCAUGAUGGAGGGGAAAACACAGCCCCUCUAAUGAUUUGUUCAGAACUACAGAAAUCAGAGGAAUCAACUGUCCCCAAGCCAGAAGAAAAGGCCCAUGCUAAUGGAGAUGUGUCCCUGAAAGUGGACCCUUCCUUACUGCCCCCUCCAGUCCCGGAGCUUUUACCUCUCAAUGACAUGGUCCUGUCCUGGCCCUCUGACCUUGGCCCAGCCCUUCAGAAGCUCAAAGUUCCUUCUUUUUAGGGCUAUGCCUCAUGAACUGCUCCCAUGAUCCCCAAGACUUCAAGGCUCCUGGUUCUAGAAUGUCUUUUCUCCUUAACUCAAAUCCAGACUCUUUUGUGUUUUCUAUUUGUACCACUUUUUUUUUUUUUUUUUGUCUUUUUCCUUUUUAUCGGUACCGGGGAUCGAACUCACGACUGCCUGCUUCCAAGGCAGGUGCUUAUGCCGCUGGGCUAAACCUCCAGCCCCUUGUACCACUUUUUUCCUGCAGUUCUGUUCUAAACCCUGCCUUUCUUCCAGGGACUUGAAGCUCCCGUUGCUCUAGGAGAAUUCCCAAAAACCAAAUGCUCAGUUUAGAUUUAGGAGAAAAUGUUGAAUAUGUGCCACCAGGUUUAACUCAGGAUUAGGGGAAGCAUUCUCUACUAGAAGGGGUAUUUACAAGAACUUCUACCUGUCUUGUUCUGUGCUCCAGCUUCAAAGUUAUAACUCCCAAGCCCCAACUUCUUAAUUUUCCACUAAGGAGGGAUCACUAUUUUCCUUCUUUCUCUCUGUCCUUCCCUUCUCCCUCUCCUUCUUUCCGUCUCUCCUUCCUUCCUUCCUUCCUUCCUUCCUUCCUUCCUUCCUUCCUUCCUUUUUCCCCCUCUCCCAACUCUGGCCCCCAAAGUCAGCUUUUUAAAAGUAAAUAUAUUCUGGAUCACACAUCCUCAUUCUUCUUUCAGAAAUGAGGGUACGACAGUAGGUUAAAACAUGCCAUUCUUGGGCUGGGGAUGUAGCUCAGUGGCACAGUACCUGCCUGGCAAGUUCAAGACCCUGGGUUUGAUUCCCAGUACUAAAAAACCAAACUAAACCAAACCAAACCACAAAAACCAUGCCAUUCUUUUCUAUUAUUUUAAAUGCAAGAAUGGUGAUUAAACCCAAGGCUUUUGUACUAAACUCUAUCCCUAACCCUUUUUUCUUUUUUCUUUUGAGACUGAAUUGCUAAGGUGCCCAAGCGAGGCUCAAACUUGUGACAUUCCUAUCUCAACCUUACAGAGUGCUGGGAAUUUGCUAUUUUUUUUAAAAUGCCAUUUAAAACAUAAUUAGGAAACAUCCAGAAUAGCAGCCCUAAUUCUGAGACGUCGUAAGAACAAUCGAGCUGGGAGACACAGCUGCCAACACGACAGUUCAGCUGUGUGUGCUCUAAACGGACAGGAGCAGAUGAGUCAUCAGCUGUGCUGGCCUUUUAUAUACCUUCCUGGACUCAGGGAGGCUCAGUGGCAAUUUUAAUCACGUGUGAGAGCUUUUCCCCAUGACUGUUAAUAGCCGCUUAGACAAGACAGUAUUGAUUUCAAAGAAGCUGGCAGCCUUCUCAUUUGAAAGAUGUGAGGAUAAAAUAAUGAAUCUGAUUUUUGGGUGUGGGUUGCAGAAAGAAGGCUGUUCACUUUCAGGUCCACCAUAUAUGUGAUCUGGCCUGUUUGUGGAGAUACUGGCUCUGUUCGCAGACGGCUACAUAGUUUGGCUCCACAGGAAUUAGGUCUGUCAAUCAGAAGUCUUCCCUUUAGUGCCUAUAUUAUCAAAGAAAUAGUUCACAAUCAUUCAUGUGUUGAUGGAGGCUGGCAGGCUUGAACUCUAGGAUGAGCCAGUGUUUCAGUUCAAGUCUUAAAAUGUGGGAAAAGCUGAUGUUCAGUGGGAAAGCUGUCAGGAAGAAUUGUCUCUUAAUUGGGGAAGUCAGCCUUUUGUUCUAUUCAGUAUAUUCUUCAAAUGUCCUCAUAAGAUGCAUUCACAUUAGGGAGAGAAGACUGUUUCACAUUUUUUUAAAAAUUUAAGUGCUAAUCUUAUCUAAAAACAUCUUCAAAGAAACACCUAGAAUAAUGUUUAGCCAAAUUCUGGGCACUUUGUGACCUAGUCAAACUGAUACAGAAAAAUUAACUAUCAUAAUGCCUACAUGGAAUUUUUCAUUUGCUUUUAUAUAGUUCUUAAAUAAAAUGUUUGCUAUUCACUGUUCA